AUGGGAGGGGAGGAGAGAGGGGGCGGCGAGAGGGGGCGGCGAGAGGGGGCGGCGAGAGGGGGCGGCGAGAGGGGGCGGCGAGAGGGGGCGGCGAGAGGGGGCGGCGAGAGGGGGCGGCGAGAGGGGGCGGCGAGAGGGGGCGGCGAGAGGGGGCGGCGAGAGGGGGCGGCGAGAGGGGGCGGCGAGAGGGGGCGGCGAGAGGGGGCGGCGAGAGGGAGCGGCGAGAGGGGGCGCUGCUGGCUGCCGGCCGCCGAGGCGCACGAGCGCCGCAGGUCUGCCGGCCGCUGCUCGGCUCCCUACUCGAGCUGUCUGCGUACUCUCGUCCCCCUCUCACCGACUGACAGACCUCGCAGCCUGACACGUUCAAAACAACCGCCAGCUGAAGAGCGUCUCUCCAGACUUUUCUCCGGGGAAUAA